AUGAUGCGCCCCUUCCCGCCCGCAUCGCGCCUGCUGGCCAAACCCGCUGCCGGCCGGCGCCGCUUUGCCGUCCAGCGCGCCACGUCGCUCACGGGCGUCGAGACGUCGGCGCUGACGUCCAAGUACACCGUCGUGGACCACGAGUACGACGCGGUGGUCGUCGGGGCCGGUGGGGCCGGUCUGCGCGCCGCCAUGGGCUGUGCCGAGGCCGGGCUCAAGACCGCCUGCAUCUCGAAGCUCUUCCCCACGCGGUCGCACACGGUGGCGGCCCAGGGCGGCAUCAACGCUGCGCUCGGGAACAUGUCGCCCGACGACUGGCGGUGGCACAUGUACGACACGGUCAAGGGCAGCGAUUGGCUCGGGGACCAGGACGCGAUCCACUACAUGUGUCGCGAGGCGCCUGAAGCAGUGCGCGAGCUCGAGGACUUUGGGCUGCCGUUCUCCCGCACGGAAGAGGGCAAGAUCUACCAGCGCCCGUUUGGCGGCCAGAGCCUCGAGUUUGGCAAGGGCGGCCAAGCGCGUCGCACGGCGUGUGCGGCCGACCGAACGGGCCACGCGAUGCUGCACACGCUCUACGGCCGCUCGCUGGCGUUCGACACGUCGUACUUUAUCGAGUACUUUGCACUCGAUUUGAUCAUGAACGACGCAAACGAGUGCGUGGGGGUCAUGGCGUUCAACAUGGAAGACGGUACGUUCCACCGCUUUCAUACGAACAACACGGUGCUGGCCACGGGGGGCUACGGACGGGCCUACUUUUCGUGCACGUCGGCGCACACGUGCACGGGAGACGGGACAGGUAUGGCUCUGCGUGCCGGUGUCCCGUUGCAGGACCCCGAGUUUGUGCAGUUCCAUCCCACGGGCAUUUACGGUGCUGGCUGUUUGAUCACGGAGGGAUCUCGUGGUGAAGGCGGUAUCUUGCGCAACUCGGAAGGUGAGCGCUUUAUGGAGCGGUACGCGCCUACAGCCAAGGACUUGGCUUCGCGCGAUGUCGUGUCGCGUGCCAUGACGAUGGAAAUUCGUGAAGGCCGUGGCGUGGGCAAGAACCGCGACCACAUUUUUCUGCACCUCGACCAUCUGCCGCCUGAGCUGCUACACGAGCGUCUACCGGGUAUUUCGGAGACGGCUGCCAUUUUCGCCGGCGUGGACGUGACCAAGGAGCCCAUUCCGGUGCUACCUACGGUGCACUACAACAUGGGGGGUAUUGCGACGAAUUAUCUGGGCGAGGUGGUCGUACCUGACGUUGAUGGUCUGCCGGAACCUGGCAAGAUGUAUCCGGACAAGAUUGUGCCGGGUCUGUUUGCAGCCGGUGAAGCUGCGUGUGCAUCGGUGCAUGGCGCAAACCGCUUGGGUGCUAACUCGCUGCUCGACCUGGUGGUGUUUGGCCGCGCGUGCGCUCAGCGCAUUGCCGAGCUGACGAAGCCUGGUCAGGCGAAGCGCCCGAUGCCCAAGGAUGGCGGUCUGAAAGCCAUUGAGGAUGUGGAUCGGCUGCGAUACGCCGACGGUGGCAUUCCCACAGCCGAGCUGCGUCUAGAGAUGCAGAAGAUGAUGCAGGAGGAUGCUGCUGUGUACCGCACGCAGGAGUCGCUGGCAGCUGGCAAGGACAAGAUCGACGAGGUGGUGCCCAAGUUUGGCGACAUCAAGGUGACUGACCGCUCGCUCAUCUGGAACACAGACUUGAUGGAGACGCUGGAGCUGCGUAACUUGCUUGCAUGUGCAGCCUGUACUAUGCAUGGAGCGGAAGCUCGUAAGGAGUCUCGUGGUGCUCAUGCCAGAGAGGACUUCACGGAGCGCGAUGAUGACAAGUGGAUGAAGCACACCAUCGCUUAUCACAACGAGGAGGGCAAGACGCACGUCGCGUACCGUGCGGUGCAAGACCAGACGCUGGACGAGAACGAGUGCAAGCACGUUCCGCCUUUCGCGCGUGUGUACUAG